GACAGUGCUGGGGGAGUCCGAAGAUGGCGGCGUCGCGUCGCUCUCAGCAUCAUCACCACCAUCAUCAACAACAGCUCCAGCCCGCCCCAGGGGCUUCGGCGCCGCCGCCGCCGCCACCUCCCCCCCCACUCAGCCCCGGCCUGGCCCCGGGGACCACCCCAGCCUCCCCUACGGCCAGUGGCCUGGCCCCCUUCGCCUCUCCGCGGCACGGCCUAGCACUGCCGGAGGGGGAUGGCAGUCGGGAUCCGCCCGACAGGCCCCGAUCUCCAGACCCAGUUGACAGUACUAGCUGUUGCAGUACCACCAGCACAAUCUGUACCGUCGCCGCCGCUCCCGUGGUCCCAGUGGUUUCUGCUUCAUCUGCUGUCGGGGUCGCUCCCAACCCAUCCGGUGGUGGCGGUAACAACUCAUCGUCGUCCUCUUCUUCCCCGACUUCUUCCUCAUCUUCCUCUCCAUCCUCUCCUGGAUCGAGCUUGGCGGAGAGCCCCGAGGCUGCCGGGGUUAGCACCACAACAGCAUUGGGGCCUGGGGCGGCGGGACCUGGGCCGGGGGUCGCAGCAGUGAGCGGGGCCCUGCGGGAACUGCUGGAGGCCUGUCGCAAUGGGGACGUGUCCAGGGUAAAGCGACUGGUGGACGCAGCAAACGUGAAUGCUAAGGACAUGGCCGGCCGGAAGUCUUCUCCCUUGCACUUCGCUGCAGGUUUUGGAAGGAAGGAUGUUGUAGAACACUUACUACAGAUGGGUGCUAAUGUCCACGCUCGUGAUGAUGGAGGUCUCAUACCGCUUCAUAAUGCCUGUUCUUUUGGCCAUGCUGAGGUUGUAAGUCUGUUACUGUGCCAAGGAGCCAAUCCAAAUGCCAGGGACAACUGGAACUAUACCCCUCUGCACGAAGCUGCUAUUAAAGGGAAAAUCGAUGUAUGUAUUGUGCUGCUGCAGCACGGAGCGGAUCCAAACAUUCGGAACACUGAUGGGAAGUCAGCCCUAGACUUGGCAGAUCCUUCAGCAAAAGCUGUCCUUACAGGUGAAUACAAGAAAGACGAACUCCUAGAAGCUGCUAGGAGUGGUAAUGAAGACAAACUAAUGGCGUUACUGACUCCUCUCAAUGUGAAUUGCCAUGCAAGUGAUGGACGAAAGUCUACUCCUUUACAUCUAGCAGCGGGCUACAACAGAGUUCGAAUAGUUCAACUUCUUCUUCAGCAUGGUGCUGACGUUCAUGCAAAAGACAAAGGUGGACUUGUGCCUCUUCAUAAUGCAUGUUCAUAUGGACAUUAUGAAGUCACAGAACUGUUGCUAAAGCAUGGAGCUUGUGUUAAUGCUAUGGAUCUUUGGCAGUUCACUCCACUACAUGAGGCUGCUUCCAAGAAUCGUGUAGAAGUUUGCUCUUUGUUACUUAGUCAUGGUGCAGAUCCUACCUUAGUCAACUGCCAUGGCAAAAGUGCUGUGGAUAUGGCUCCCACUCCUGAGCUCCGGGAGAGAUUGACUUAUGAAUUUAAAGGUCAUUCCUUACUACAAGCGGCCAGAGAAGCAGACCUAGCCAAAGUUAAAAAAACACUUGCUUUGGAAAUCAUUAAUUUCAAACAACCUCAGUCUCAUGAAACAGCCCUGCACUGUGCUGUGGCCUCCCUACAUCCCAAGCGAAAACAAGUGACAGAAUUGUUACUUCGAAAAGGAGCAAAUGUUAAUGAGAAAAAUAAAGAUUUCCUGACUCCCCUGCAUGUGGCUGCUGAACGAGCUCACAAUGAUGUCAUGGAAGUUCUGCAUAAGCAUGGAGCAAAGAUGAAUGCACUGGACAGCCUUGGUCAGACUGCUUUGCAUAGAGCCGCCUUAGCAGGUCACCUGCAGACCUGCCGCCUCCUGCUGAGUUACGGUUCUGACCCCACUGUCAUCUCCUUACAAGGCUUCACAGCAGCACAGAUGGGGAGUGAAGCAGUGCAGCAGAUUCUGAGUGAAAGUACACCUAUACGCACCUCCGAUGUUGACUAUCGACUCUUAGAGGCUUCUAAAGCUGGAGACUUGGAAACUGUGAAGCAACUUUGCAGCCCUCAAAAUGUGAAUUGCAGAGAUUUAGAGGGCCGGCAUUCUACACCCUUACACUUUGCGGCUGGCUAUAAUCGUGUGUCUGUUGUGGAAUACCUUCUACACCAUGGUGCCGAUGUCCAUGCCAAAGACAAAGGCGGCUUGGUACCCCUUCAUAAUGCCUGUUCAUACGGACACUAUGAGGUAGCUGAGCUUUUAGUUAGGCAUGGCGCAUCUGUCAAUGUGGCAGACUUAUGGAAAUUUACUCCUCUACAUGAAGCAGCAGCUAAAGGAAAAUAUGAAAUCUGCAAGCUCCUUUUAAAACAUGGAGCAGAUCCAACCAAAAAGAACAGAGAUGGAAAUACACCUCUGGAUUUGGUGAAAGAAGGAGACACAGAUAUUCAGGACUUGCUCAGAGGGGAUGCUGCCUUGCUGGAUGCUGCCAAGAAAGGCUGCCUGGCAAGAGUGCAGAAGCUCUGUUCUCCCGAGAACAUCAACUGCAGAGACACCCAGGGCAGGAACUCCACCCCUCUGCACCUGGCAGCUGGCUACAAUAACCUAGAAGUAGCUGAGUAUCUUCUGGAGCACGGAGCGGAUGUUAAUGCCCAAGACAAAGGCGGUUUAAUUCCUCUUCACAAUGCAGCAUCCUAUGGGCAUGUGGACAUAGCAGCAUUAUUGAUAAAAUACAACACAUGUGUAAAUGCAACAGAUAAGUGGGCAUUUACUCCUCUUCAUGAAGCAGCCCAAAAAGGAAGGACACAGCUGUGUGCCCUACUCCUAGCACAUGGUGCAGAUCCAACUAUGAAGAACCAGGAAGGUCAGACACCUUUAGAUCUGGCAACAGCUGACGAUAUCAGAGCUUUGCUGAUAGACGCCAUGCCCCCAGAGGCCUUGCCUACUUGUUUCAAACCUCAGGCUACGGUAGUGAGUGCCUCUCUCAUCUCCCCGGCAUCCACGCCCUCCUGCCUCUCUGCCGCCAGCAGCAUAGAUAACCUGACUGGUCCUUUAGCCGAACUGGCGGUAGGAGGCGCAUCCAACACGGGGGAUGGCGCAGCCGGUGCAGAAAGGAAGGAGGGAGAAGUUGUGGGUCUUGACAUGAAUAUCAGCCAAUUCCUAAAAAGCCUUGGCCUUGAACACCUUCGGGAUAUCUUUGAAACAGAACAGAUCACACUAGAUGUGUUGGCUGAUAUGGGUCAUGAAGAGUUGAAAGAAAUCGGCAUCAAUGCCUAUGGACACCGCCACAAAUUAAUCAAAGGAGUAGAAAGACUUUUAGGUGGGCAACAAGGCACCAAUCCUUACUUGACUUUUCACUGUGUUAAUCAGGGAACAAUUUUACUGGAUCUUGCUCCAGAAGAUAAGGAAUAUCAGUCAGUAGAAGAGGAGAUGCAAAGUACAAUUCGAGAACACAGAGAUGGUGGUAAUGCUGGAGGCAUCUUCAACAGAUACAAUGUUAUUCGAAUUCAAAAAGUUGUCAACAAGAAGUUGAGGGAGCGAUUCUGUCACAGACAGAAGGAGGUGUCCGAGGAGAAUCAUAACCAUCACAACGAGCGCAUGCUGUUCCAUGGUUCGCCUUUCAUCAAUGCCAUUAUUCAUAAAGGGUUUGAUGAGCGACAUGCAUACAUUGGAGGAAUGUUUGGAGCUGGGAUUUAUUUUGCUGAAAACUCCUCUAAAAGCAACCAGUAUGUUUACGGAAUUGGAGGAGGAACAGGCUGCCCCACGCACAAAGAUAGGUCAUGUUAUAUAUGUCACAGACAAAUGCUUUUCUGUAGAGUGACCCUUGGAAAAUCCUUCCUGCAAUUCAGCACGAUGAAAAUGGCUCAUGCCCCUCCAGGACAUCAUUCAGUUAUUGGUCGACCGAGUGUGAACGGACUGGCUUAUGCUGAGUAUGUCAUCUACAGAGGAGAGCAGGCAUACCCAGAGUAUCUUAUCACAUACCAGAUCAUGAAGCCAGAAGCUCCUUCACAGACUGCAACAGCAGCAGAGCAGAAGACCUAGUGAAUGCCCACUGGUCAAGGCCGGAUCAGAUUUAAACCUGGGACUGGAUUACAAUUGAUUGCUUCCAACAAAAAACCAAUAUUCGCUAAAUCCGAGACAGCCUAGAAAUAAGCUGUUUGUCUUUUAUAAAGCAUUGCUAUAGUGAUGAUACAGUAUGAGUAACUGAUACGUACUCAACUGCUACUGUUCCCUUUGAGGAAAUGUUUACAGGGGCGGCCUUCUAACGUAUCUCAGGCUCAUUUUCACUGCAGUUAUCCAUUUCUAGAACAAUAUUGCUUUCAUCUAGACUUAGAAAUGGAAAAAAAAAGAAAACAUAACCAGUACUGUUCCAAAUGUUCAAAAUUCACACACUACACUUGUUUCAUUUGUUAUAUAUGGCACAUAUAUAACAAUUAUAUGCAUAUGACAGGCACAUUUUUUAUUUUUCUCCAAGUACACAUCAUUAGGUUUUGUUUUUCGUUUUGUAUUUGUUUUUUUUUGUUUGUUUGUUUGUUUUUUGGGUUUUAUUUUGUUUUUUGGUGACUUUGAAAAUGAGCCAGAGCCUUCUUGAGGAUAUUUUGCACAAAGUCACACUGACUAAAAUCAUUAGCAAUGCAACCCAAGCUUCUGACUAAGCAAGAUUUCGUUUCCUUUUUUUCCUUUACUUUGAUUUGCUUUAUUUUAUAUGUGUACUUUUUGUAAACAUAAAUUGAGAUGGAAAGGAAAAAAAUCAAGUUUUCAUUUCCUUUUAUUAAUUGGCCCAUCCUAAAGGGAAGGACACCAGCGCCAACCUGAUUCAGGAGCUCCUAAGGUCAGAGAAGUCAAAUGGUGAAGGCCACUUGCUCUUUCCAGCGCCAGGCAGAGAGGUUCAGGACCGUCCUGGGGCGAGGGAGGCACAGCCGGGAAGCUUUUCAGUGCUGCUGCUGAAGCUCAGGUUUGAAGUGACCGGCAAGGGCUGUAGAGGAGACGCAGCGCUAAGGACCGAGGAACAUGGUGGUUCUGUGACAUAGCAGCGGAAAAGGAGCAAGGGAAUCCAGCAGAUAAUAAGUGCUGCUCUCUGCUUAAUCGAGACCACUGGAAUUGCUGCCCCCAAAAUGAGCUGCCUUAUUUCCAAUUCAGUGGAAUGAUUGUAUUCCAUUAGAGUCACAGAAUAUUACUUUAUCAUUUCAAAAACUAGGAAUUAAAUCAUUUAGUGGGUAGAUAUACACAAUUGCAAGAACUUUUUUAUUUUCUUACCUGCAGAUUUGGGGUUUGAGUGAAGUGCUUCAAAUAGUUUUUGUAAGUCCUUACACUAAAAUUUUAAACCAUUUUGUCAAACUUAAUAUAUUUAGACAAGGAGAACAAAAAUUGAAACCAAAGCCCUUUCAUUUUUUUUUUUUUUUUUAAUGAAUGUGAUGGAGAAAUAUCAUACUGUUUUCUUUGUAAAAUUGCUACUUUAUUUUGCUUAUUUUAAUCUACAUUUGCCAAGUGCACAUUGACACUUGUAAAAAAUUAUCCACUUUAGUUCUUAGCUUGCCCUCUUCACCUUAACUGGAUAUUGAAUCGAGUGCGUGAACUUAUUUGCUUUGACGUGCUCUUCAUCUGCUCAGCUUUGAAGCAAAAGUAACUUGAACAUGGUGGAAAAAUAGGGAAAACUGUGUGACACAAACUUCCCAUUUCAACUUAAAGCCGGAAACUAAUUGGGUUUUUUGAUGCAGGCUGAUUAAGCUGUGACCGCAUUUAAUCUCCUCAAGAAAAAUAAAAUGGUUACAUGCAAAAACUCUGAAAAUAGGCUCUUAAAAUAUACAGUUGCUUUCUUUUUUGGCUUGAGUCCAAUGCUAGAACUAGGCCUCCAGAACUAGCUUGCGUUUUGUAGCUAGAUCUUGCGUGGGUCCUCACAUGAAAUCAAGAAUUGGCCUCAGUUGUUGCUUCUGUUGAAGUUUUUAGUGACCCAAACUGGGUUUGUGUCUUGGCUACUUGUUUAAGAGCUCAUGAAUUCCACAUGAAACCCCAAAGUUUGAUAUUCAUUAAGAGGAUUUUUUUCCCCUCCUUUUUUGUUGUGUGUAACAGAAGAUUGAAGGACUUGCCAUCUGCAUAGUUUCAGUAGCUGUGAAAGUAUUACCUGCCUCCCCACUAAGAUAUAGUUUAAAAUGGUAAACACAGUUGUGAUUUUUAGUUAAGUAAAAGAGUUAAUGUGGGGUAGAUAUUGAAAGCUUUUUAGCAUCAAUAAAAAGAUAAGCCACUACUCAAUUGUGGUUGUACAUCGUUUCCAUUGUACUAACUAGAUUAAUGGAUGUGCCAGUUUUAAACUUGGGCCUUACACUUGAGAAGUUAUAACUGUGGUUCAGUAUUCAAACUGCCAGUUAUUAUGCAUUUGAUGUUCUGUGUGCCAAGUAAAGGUACUGUAUAAGGAAUACAUUUGCAGUGGUCCUUUUCUUGUCGUGAUUCAAGUAUAUAAUAGUUCAUAGAAGAAUAUACGUAUGUUAUUCAUCUGCUAAAGAGAUUGGGUUAAUUGACACAUCAGAGGAGCCAAAUACAUUUUUUUAAUUUUUGACCCAAAGUCAUCAUGAUUGCACUUAAAAGUUAGCAAAAGUUGAUUACAUUAGGAAUUUUCAUCUGUAGCAGUGUGAAGAACCUUUGGAAUAUAAGAGCAUGGCAGUAAAAUAGGCUAAAAUCCAUUUAAUUUCUUCCAUAUGCACUAUAUAGAGCUAACAAGUUAAGAGAGAGCCAAUAUAGCCUCCCCUGAAAUGGCCCCUCUGUUUCCCAAACUGUGUGGAAGAAAGAAUCUGGACAUCUCCACCAGCUUUAUGCGCAUUCUAAAAUCAAAGGGCUUCUCGACCUAAUGGUUCCAGUUUACCAGGCUUUGGCCAACUGGAUACUUGCCUCAGGCAUAAAUUAAGUGCUCUGGACUGAGCACUUCCUCCUUCCCUUUUCUCCAGAUUGCUAGUCUGAAAGUAUAAUUAGCUCCAGCAGUUACCUUUGGCCCAACUCAUCUUUCUCCGCUUUUCAUCUUGGGUCUUGCAAAAAGGAGACUGUUCCUCUCUCUGUUCAUAUCACAACCACAGAAAUGAGUAUUAGGCAUCAUGUGCUCUGCUCAAAGAUUCUGCCACUUUGUUAAUAAAUUACAGCAUGAAGCCCAGAGUUUUAAUCCUAUGCAAAAUAAUAGCAGUACAACCAGGAUUUUUAUUUACAAUUUCCUUCUUAGAGUGUGGAAUUUAUAGCUUUUCAAGCAACAUAAGUAGAAUAAACAAUAUUAGGAUGUUUUCAUGAAAUAGCAUCCUUGUGCUCCUUUGAGCUCGGUGUUAGUGGCUAGACUAAUUUCCCUUUGCUUUCAAAAUAGCAGAGUGUUGAAAUAUACAGAGAGAUGCCUGAAUAUGACAACUGAAGUAAUCUAGAUUAAUAUUCUAUUGUUAUAGCCAUUAUACAAAAAAAUAAAAUCUUCGAUUUAAGCUGGAGGACAGCCUUAGAGUUUAGUAAGUUGCUAGGUUUUUCUCUUUUUCAAUGUAUCUUCCAGUUGCACAAAGGGUUAUUGGACAUUGCUCACCUACCUGUUUUAAACAUGCACACUAACUAGACUCCUAUCAAUGGCCUUUCAAAAAGGAAAUGGGGUGUAUUUGUAAGCACGUUUCUCCGGUAUGUCCAGAUCCCAUUUGUAUGAUAUCUGCGAUUAACAGUCUUCUGACUGUGUUUUCUGUUGGCCUAACUAACGAUCUUGAAUAAAACUACAGACUUCAGUCAUUCAGGGAACACUCAGAACUGACAUUAAGAUGGCGUUUAACGUGUCAGAUUUCUUUGAAGACUAACUUUGUCUGAUGUCAAAUCAAUGGCAGAGGAAUGAAAAUAAUUGUCAAAGUGAUACUGAGCUUUGGUUGGACAUUUUUAGCAUUUGAAAAGGAAAUGCAUUCAAAAAAUACUACCCCAAACAGAGGCUUUCUUUAGGUACCUUGUGCAUUCUGAAAUUAAUAGACUAUUAAAUUUUUUUUGAGGAAGCCUUAACUAUGGCAGAAACUUUUUAACCUUUUGUAUUGUAAUAAGUUAAAAAAAAAAAGAAGUAAUUCCAUUUCUUAGUGUGUGACAGGCAUCCGUGAGUCAGACAUGUCUCCAUGUAUCUCAUACCUGUGAAGCUUUUUUUAUGAGGGCAGAUUUCACAAGCAAUCCUCCCUCCCAUGCAACAGAGCUGAUAUAAUGAAUCCAGUCCAGUCUCUCUCUAUCUGAGAUUCUUCAGAUACCAGAUCUCCUCGUUUGGAGAAAUGCUAGAAAAAAUUUCAAAACCUAUUAAUUAGUGUCUGUGGGGAUACAGCAGAACUCCAAGUGAAGCCAUGUAGAAUCUGGGUGGUAUGUAAGCUGUUUUUUUUUUCAUCAUUUUAAAAUAUAAGCUAUGGUGAUACUAAAGUGAAGAUCAGUAGAGAGCUUACGGUGCCACGUACCCCGAAAGACCCAAUAUGGUCAUGGAGUGACCAGUUUUCUACAGCUGCCAGAGAGUUCUGCCCUUCAAAAUAACAUUUGCAUUGCUGAGAUGAUUGUAUUUUUGCCUCUUUAUUUUUCCACAUUUUCUUUCCUGCUUUAUACUUCCACGUUCCCACACCCAUCCUGCCACCCAUCUUUUCAAACAUUGCUCUCAUGCUCCAGAAUUCAGAUCAUUUUCUUAGUUUUUCCAUCCAUCUGCCCAUUUCUGCAGGCAGCCCUGAGAGCUCUUUGUUGAUUCAGAGGGUUUGUAGACAAACGCAGUCAAACCCUACCCCCGCUCCCCCAGGGUUCAAGACGAAAAGAUAAAAAACACAUCUCUGUUGGUAAUAAAGUUGAUAUUGAAUUAUGGAAAAACAACAACAA